AUGGAGCCCUUCCUCCGGAAGCGGCUGGCCUUCCUGAGCUUCCUCUGGGACAAGAUCUGGCCGGCGGGCACCCCGGACCACGGCCUCCCCGACUUCCCGGACCCUGAAGCCCACGCCGAGUGGGAGUCCCCGGCCACUGACCCCUGCACGCCCCCCGCACCGGGGCAGCUCUUCCGGGUGCUGUACGACUUCACCGCACGGUGCGCGGACGAGCUGAGUGUCAGCCGCGGGGACAGGCUCUGUGCCCUCAAGGAGGAGGGCGACUACAUCUUUGCCCGGAGGCUCUCUGGCCGGCCCAGUGUGGGGCUGGUGCCCCUCGCCUACGUGGCCAAGGCCACCCCCGAGACGCCCUCAGACCAGCCCUGGUACUUCAGCGGCCUCAGCCGCACCGAGGCCCAGCAGCUGCUGCUGUCCCCAGCCAGUGCCCCGGGCGCCUUCCUCGUCCGGCCGAGCGAGAGCAGCCAGGGUGACUACUCGCUGUCAGUCCGGGCCCACGCCAGAGUCCGCCACUACCGCAUCUCCACGGCGGCCGACGGCAGCGUCUACCUGCAGAGGGGCCGCCUCUUCCCCAGCCUGGAGGAGCUGCUCGCCCACUAUGCGGCCCGCUGGAAGCUGACCCAGCACCCGCUGCUGCGGCCCUGUGCGCCCCAGACGCCCCCGGAGCAGGACGAGUGGGAGCGGCCGCGCUCCGAGUUCGCCCUGCGCAGGAAGCUGGGCGAAGGCUACUUCGGGGAGGUGUGGGAAGGCCUGUGGCUGGGCUCGGUGCCCGUGGCCGUCAAGGUCAUCAAGUCAGCCGACAUGAAGCUCGCCGACCUCGCCACGGAGAUCCAGACGCUCAAGAGCCUGCGGCACGCGCGGCUCAUCCAGCUGCACGCCGUGUGCUCCGCCGGCGAGCCGGUGUACAUCGUCACCGAGCUCAUGCGCAAGGGCAACCUGCAGGCCUUCCUGGGCAGCCCCGAGGGCCGAGCCUUGAGCCCGCCGGUCCUGCUGGGUUUCGCCUGCCAGGUGGCCGAGGGCAUGAGCUACCUGGAGGAGCGGCGCAUCGUGCACCGGGACCUGGCGGCCAGGAACGUGCUCGUGGGCGACGGCCUGGCCUGCAAGGUGGCCGACUUCGGCUUGGCCCGUCUGCUCAAGGACGACGUGUACUCACUGAGCCGUGGCUCCAAGAUCCCGGUCAAGUGGACGGCGCCCGAGGCCGCCAACUACCGCGUCUUCUCCCAGAAGUCGGACGUCUGGUCCUUCGGGGUGCUGCUCUACGAGGUGUUCACCUACGGCCAGUGUCCCUACGAAGGAAUGAGCAACCACGAGACGCUGCAGCAGAUCGCGCGAGGGUACCGGCUGCCGCGCCCGGCCGCCUGCCCGGCCGAGGCCUACGCGCUCAUGCGGGCCUGCUGGGAGGCCAGCCCCGAGGGGCGGCCCGCCUUCGCCGCGCUGCAGGAGGAGCUGGGCGCCAUCCACCGGCGCCUCCACCCCGCCCUCACGUGA